AUGUCAGUCGAUUCUGAUCGUCGGCAAUCAUCAUUUCGUUUUCGUGAUAAAUUUUCGCAUUAUAAAGAUAGAGUUAAAGAAAAAAUUAAAGACAAAACUAUUAAACACAAUAUUACUUUAAUUGCCCAUCAAAAUUUAACAUCAGAUGAUACAAUCGAUCAUUAUGAUCAUACUACUCGUCAUGGUUUUCGCCAACAAAUGCAUCAUAUGAAAGAUGUUUUCAAAAAUAAAACACAUUAUAGUGAAAUUAAAGAUAAAAUAAAAGGAAAAAUCGAUGAUAAAUUAGAUUUACAUGGCAAUAAAACAUAUCCUAAAGGUUUUUAUGAUUCAUUAUUUAGUCCUGAAACUGAGAAUGAUGUUUAUUUACAAACUGCACUUAUAUGUUUAUGGGUUAUUGCUUUAUUAUGUAUUAUACCAACAAUAAUUGUUAUACUUUUGCCUGCAAAAAAAAAGAAAGCAACUACAACCAGUACCAAUAUGAUUUUUUUUCAUAUAUUUCUUUGUGAAAUUUUUUAUCUUAGUUAUGUUUUAUUAGCAAUGAUUAAUGUUGCAAAAGAAUUUCGUUUGGGACCUUUUCUUUGUGAUUUUGCAAAUUAUGGCAUGUAUGUAACAAUUCCAAUAAUGCAAUUUGCUCUACUAUUUCUUUCUCUUGAACGUUUACAAAAACAUUUUAAUUUAUCAUUGACAUGGGCAAAAAUCUUUACUAAACCAUAUCUAAUACAAGUUAUAUUAUGUGCUAUAUGGAUUAUUCUUGUAGCAUUAGUUGCUACAUUUAUGUUUAUAAAAAAACAAUUUUCUUUUAAUUUUCUCAAAGAUAAAGUAAAUAGUCUAGCUCCACCACUAUUUGGUGAUGUUGUUAGUCGAAUGGUUGCACGUCGUCAUCAUUGUUCAGUUGAUGGACGUUUAUCAUCUGUAUUUAAAACAGCAAUUAUUAUUUUAUUUAUUAUAUUAAUUGUUAAACCAAUUCUAUUUUCACUUGGUUUUAAUUUAUUAACACCAUAUUGUUGUAAAAAAAGAAGAAAAGAUCUUCAAAGACAAGGUGAUCGUCGUAUAACAACAUUAGUAACAAUAUUUCUUUUGUUAAAUUUAAUUUUUUCAUUUCCAUUUUAUUUUGUAUCAAUGUUUAAUAAUAUAUUAACACGUAUUGAUUCAACAAAAGAUACAUUUACAAUAAUAUUAAAAAUAUGUUUUAUAUUACGUAUAACAAAUAUUAUAUUUGAAUGUUUAGCAUUUUAUAUUUUUGAACGAAAUUCAUGGAAUUUAUUUCGUAAAUUAUUAUAUUAUGGAACAUGUAAAAAAUUUCCGAUAUUUAAUAAAUUAUCAGAUGAUGAUGUUAUGUAUACAAAAGAUCCUGAUGUUCAAGAUCUGAUUAAUCAAACACGUUUAGCUUCGGAUGAUGAUGAUGAUCAAAAAAUUAAAAAAAAACAGAUUAAUAAAAAACGAAGAAUUAAAAAAGAACCUGAACCAAUAACUGAAAGUGAACCUGAUGACGAUAAUGAUGAUGAUGAUGGAGCAUUUAGAAAAUCAAAUAGACAUAAAUCACAAUUUGAAAAAGCCAAAACACCAGAUCAAAGCGACAAUGAUGAUGAUGAUGAAAAUAAAAAAACUAUUGUCAAACGAAAACCAAACUCGAGUAAAAAGACUAAUGAAUCAGACGAAGACGAAGAAGAUAUACCGAAAAACAAGAUUAUUACAAGACAAAUGUCAUCAACGAAAAAAAUCGAAAGUGAUAAUGAUGAAGAUGUUAACGAUGAACCAAAAAAAAUUACUGGCAAAAAACGAAAGUCUACAACAAAACGACAGGAAAGUGACAAUGAUGAAGAUGAAGAAAAUGAACCAAAACAUAUUACUACUACAAAACGAUCAUCACGGACGAAAAAAUCUCCCAGUGAUGAUGAUGAUGAUGAUAAAGAUGAUGAAAACGAAAAACAAAAUAUCACUACCACAAAACGAUCAUCGCGGACGAAAAAAUCUCCCAGCGAUGAUGAUAAAGAUGAAGAACAUCAAACUACGAUGAUUCCUAAACGGAAAUCACGUCGAACAAUUCAAGAAGAAACAAUUAUCGAACAUCCAAAACCAAAAUCAACUAAAGCACAUCGUAAGGAUGACGAAAUACGAAUACCUAAUGGUAGACCGACAUCACAUCGACCAUCAUCCGUUACAGAUACCUAUAAAACAAAAAAACCAGUUCAAAGACAGUCAACUUCCACUCAUAAUCAUACUACUAAACAUCAUUCGAGACAACGUUCGCCAUCAUCAAAUGAAAGUGAAGCUGAUACAGAUUCAAAUGCCAGUCAUACAUCAUCAAAAAUGAUCAAAACUUCUACUCCGCCGAAACCAAUAACCAAACAAACAACUAAAACUUAUUCAUCAUUGAAAGAACAGCAUAAACGAAUUCGAACUCGUUCGCCUAACGAACCACGUUCUCGAUAUCGAACAGAAUCUUCACCAUCAUCUCAACAUCGAUCAAAACAGACAAAAUCAACUAAAUCUCAUCAGACAACAAAAAAACAUAGUCAUAGUCCAUCAACAAAAACAAAUACUCAUACAAAGAAACCAAAAAAAGAUCAUCACACUAGAAUUCUUGAAAUGUCUGAUGAAGUAUAA